AUGUCUUCAUCUUUCUCUUCAGAUAUAUCUCCUCCUGCGUCUUUAUCAACAAACCAAACAAAAAAAAUAACAAAAAGAUCUAAAAAAGGAUUAAAAUUAAUUAGUUGGGUUUGGGAAUGGGGCGAAUAUCAAGAAUUACCAGACCAAAGUGGAAGAAUCUAUAUAUGUACCAACAAGUUACCAAAUGGAAAAGACUGUGAUGCUAAAAUUACAACAAAGUGUCCAACUAGAAAUAUUAUUAAUCACUUAGCAGUCAUACAUCAAAUAUUCAAAAAAAAACCCGUGCCUGAAAGACCAACUAAUCAGAGUGAAGCUUUCACGACAAUGACCAAAGAAUGGCAAAAUUACCUUGAUCAAGAUGAAUUUGAGGAUGCAUUUGAUAAACUACAAAUUGAAGAUGAUGAGGAAGACGAUGAACCAAAAGUAAAAAGGAUCAAAAUUAAUAAUCCGGUUAAUACAUCUGGAUUAAUUGAUGUAAUUAAAGAUAAACUUUACCAUGCAAUAAAUAUUUAUUAUGAAGAUUUGGAGCUUGAUGGUCUUGUUGCUUCACUUUUAGAUCUACAUUGGAAAAAUCUAUCAUUUAUAACCAAAGCAAAAAAAGGUGAAACAAUUAACGAACUGCAUCGUCUAUAUUAA